GAGCACCUUGCCAGUGAGGGUGGACGUUACCCCCUUGUUUCCUGGCUCACCACACUGGUGGUGCUGCACACAACACUGGUAGUGCUAUCUCCUCCCCCUCCCUCUGUUACAACACUGGUGGUGGUGCUGCCGUCCUCCCCUUCCCUCAAAAGUGAUAUCGCUCUUUAUCAUGGAAAUCAACGGCUCUUUAAAAGAGUUGCACUCGAGUGACUGAAAUGGCUCUCAACAUAUUGCAAAUGAGUGCAAUAUGGAUAACGCCACUGGCCGAGUGAACUGAUGACAGUACCUGUGUCCCUGGAGUGUUUAUUAGUGGAGUUUGCUGUGGGUGUAGCGUGAAGCCACUGGACGCUACUUGUUCCUGCUGUCUGAGAGAUACAUAACGCAACUCUGUGGGAAUGACAAUGCAGCAGUAAGGAUGCGGACAGAUGAUGUGAUGAACCAGGCAGCGGCAGCAACCGCAGGUAUAGGCACGAGCCUUCUUGCUCUUGGGGGUGCCAUAUCUGCUGCUAAUGCUAAAGGGUCAACUCUGACAGCUGUCUCGCCUGUCCUAGCCUUUGACCUUACAGCAUAUACUCAAUUACUGCAACAAGUGGCUUCCAAAAUGUAUACAUAUGACCCAGCAUCAGUGGCAGCUUUAGCAGCCCUCAGCCCAGCUUCCCACCUGCCACUGGCUCUUACUGCACCCCAUGCCCUUUCUCUCACUGCCAGGAAGGUAACCAAUGCUGAUAAGACCACCAUGACAUCUGUUUGCUCAUUACCAGAUAAUGACAUCAAGAGGAUCUGGCACCCCAGUGAAAAAUCUGAUAUAAAAAUUAAAGAAGAAGACGGUGAAGCUGCUCUUGAUCUAACUACUCAAGGCUUAAAGUCACUGUAUUCAUCUUACCGACGGGCAACACUUGACGAUAUCAAGCCAAAAGUAGUUGAAGAUAUCUGGAUUGAGAAUGAUUUGAGACUAUCUUGGACAGAUUCUCGAGUAGCUGCCUACAAUCCAGCCCAGAAACUCUUCAUGUGUGUGGACUGCGAGUGUGUGGGUUUUUUGUCACGUGUAGCAGAGCACUGGCUUGGAGCUCAUGCCAAUUUAAGAGUAUUCGCCUGUCCUAGGUGCCCUUACACAUCAGCCUGGUCCCGUUGUGUCAAAAUGCACUUAACUAGACAACACAACGAACAGUUUGCUGACACCAAUAUGUGGAAGGAAAAUUCAACUCUGAUGGAAGUGACACGCCUCAUGCAAGAAUUACGGAAUAAAGUGGAAAAUAGGAUUGACUCGAGUAAUACACUAGCAGACAAACGUUUUUAUUGUCCUCAUUGUCCUUAUGCUACUGAUCGCCGUGAUCUCUACACAAGACAUGAGAACAUCCACAAGGAUGACAAACCCUUCCAUUGCUAUCUUUGCUUCAAACAGUUCAAUAGAGCAGAUCAUGUGAAAAAACAUUUUGUCCGAAUGCAUCCUGAAACAGAAUACGAUAUAUCUAAAAUACGCAAACAACAAGGUAGUGGACGUGGAGGUGGUCAAUCUCCACCACCACCACCGCCACCACCACCUAUUGCACCAUUACCUCUUGAUAUUCCACCACCACGUGUGGUGACACCUGUUGUCUCACCGCCUGUUGUGACCCCUCCAGUACUGUCCCCACCCACUGCUCCUCCUGAAGUAUCUGUAGCAGAUUUGGCUCCUUUAAGUGCUCCCUCUACUCCUGGGGAGUGCAGUCCAGCAUCUCCUGAAGCUGUUUUAAGUGUGGGCACAGGAAUGAGCAUGAUAUCAAAUGUGGAAAGUCCAGAACCUGGACGCAGUCGAAGACGAGGGGAACGAGCAUACACAUGUCCAUACUGCCACUGGUCUGGUAGUGAUAACUGGUGUCUCAAACGGCACAUGAACACUCAUAUAAAGCCAUUUGCUUGUGUCAUGUGUGAUUAUAAAGCUGCACGAGCUGAACGUCUAUCAACUCAUGUGUGGAAGGUUCAUAAUAAGAGGAUAUGCAACAAGUGCAACUACCUGGCUGAAACUCAGGAGCGCCUACUGGAGCACACACGUGAGGAACACCACAACAACCCUUAUUCAAGAAGAUACAUCUGUUCAUCUUGUGGCCUCACCUUUGACACUCGUCCAGCUUUGGAGACCCACCAGCAUCUCAGUCAUCCUCACCUUACAAGCCCCACCAACACUGCUCCACUACCAGCAGUGCAAGACGUUCCACAUGAUCUGUCAAUAAGAAGUGAAGUGAAUUCCAGUGCUAAUCCAGUCUCAUAUCCCUUUGUAUGUCCUGUGGAAGGCUGCGGCCACACUGUGAGCAGUGGUGGAGCGCUUGCAGAGCAUGUACGUACUGAACAUGGAGGUGCCAGUGGAUCGUGUUGUCCUCACUGUGGUUACCAAUUGACCCAUGAUGAGCUAUCAAGGGACCACUGGCUAACUCAUCACAAUGAAGUUUGUGCAGCAUGUGUCCAUGUUUUUACUGCUGUAUAUGGACCUCAAUUAUGGAAGAAAGUACAUGUCCGCCCUGCCUCACUUGAAAGUUCCUUAGAUGCUAUUGUCACAGGCCUCAAUCGUAAACGUACUGCUACUGAUGUUUUACCUACUAUGCCAUCAGUGAUAACUCCUCUUGCACUAGUAGUAACAUCUUCAGUACCACAAAGAGAUUCCCCUUCUCCAGAGUCUGACCAGCAAGAUACAGACAGUGAACGAUUUAACAAACGAUCAAGGAAGCAAAGUUGUCCAAAGAAAGUUAUUACAGUAUCAGAGUCAGGCUCAAACACUGGAUCUUCCUCAAAUUCAGCUCGCAGGCGUAGCUCACUGAGGAUACGACAUAAGGCAAUGCUCAAUCGUCCAGGGUUUUUGAGUCGUCAGUGUCACAGAUGCUCUCGCCGUCCAGUUUUUGGCUCUCGUGCUCGCCUACAAUUACAUGUGAAGUGGAGUCACGGCCGACACAGUGCUAGCCGUCAGUGCCAGCCACACAGGGACCACUCUUUGCCUGCUCCCACUCCAGUCCAUUAGUGAAAAAUUUCCUCAUUAAGUAAAUACAACGGGUAACCAACAAUGCUGUUUUUUUUUUUUUGUUUUUUUGUUUUUACUUUUGGUAGCAUUGCUAUUAAUGUCUGUAUAGACAAUUUUUUAAAUUAAGUAUAUAAAAUGCCACUUAUCUGCAGAUCUGUGCAGAGAAACAUGAGUCUGCUGUAAUUUUGAUUAAAUGUACCAGAACUCUAUGCUUAGUUAUCACAGUGUAGUACAUAGUGAUCAAUUCUGUAUGUGUUCUGGAAAGUUACAGUGACUCAUACCUGAAUAAGAUAAUUUCAUAUAUCCCUCUGAUUCCUAUCCAAGUGGUUGUAUUAAAUCUUACCUCUGUCCCUCCAUUUAUAAUUCCAUUUUCUUGGCCCAAAGGCAUUUCCACCAAGCAUGCCCCAGAGUCACUGGUAUGGAGCCUUUAAGUACAGUUACCUCGGCUUCAUUUUUUACAAAUAAAAUAUAACAUAUUUGUGGAUGAAGUAACUAAUGUUGAAGUGCAUGGGGGCAAUGACUAAAGCUCACUUUAACUGGUAAUAUACUGUAUAAUAAAUGUAUGAAUGUUUUGAGUGUGCUAGGGGAAUGUCCACGGGUUGGAUUGGUCGGAAAUUUUAUAACUGGAUGUACAUGAAAUAUUUGUAAAUGUUUCAUGUGUGUCUGUGUGAAUCUUAAGAUCUGGUUGUGAAAUAAUGAAGUAACUCUCCCAAAGGUUGUGAAAAUUAUUAACUACCCUAAGUUAAAAUUCUUUUGGGUUGUUAGACACUCCCAGUUGUUUUAUGGUAUCCCUGGUAUCACACAUAUUAGACCUUGUUCAAAUUAAAGCUUGGUUCUAGUAAUAAAAUUGCUAGCAUAUUAUACUUAUUUAAUAAUAAGUAACAAUUUUAGAAUUCACAUUUUAAAUAUAAAUAGUAGUCUGUGCAAAGUUAUAAAAGAAUACAUAUAAUUAUAACUUUGAAUUGCUCUAAUUUUUACCAAGAGUUGAGAUCAGGGCAUCCUGCGGGAGGUGGGUGAGGGAGAGAGAGAAAGUUCUCAUUGUUGGACUUAGAACUUCAAGUCAUGUUCAAAAGUCCAUUUCAAACCAAAGAUUUUGUUGAUUUAUUCUAGAACUGUGACUCUGUUGUGCAUUGUUAUGUUGCACCUUAAUGGAUUUCUGUGAUUAUUGUUACGAAUGGAAUGUCUACUGAUUUGACCUUGUCUUGUAGGCCAAGUUCGCUGAUGGUCUUUGUCUACUGAGCGUACUUAACCUGCCAUCUGCCCAUUGUUUCUUGCAUUGUUAUGCCAAGAAACUUGUGCUUUUUUUAUUUAGAUUUUUUUGUUAAACAGUUGUAGACUUGGCCUUCUAGUCAGACUGUUGCCAAAGUAUAAAUAUUUAAUAAUCCAAUGAGCUAUGGUAUGCCCAGCCACAAUGUAAUAAAUACUGACCAAAUGUCUUUGGUGCUAACAAGCAUUUUUGUUCAUAGUAAUUUAUUUAAUACAACCUGCAUCCUUUGAUUUAUAUUGUACAAGAUCUCCAAUGACGAUAAAUAUUUACAUUCUUAUUAAAUAUUCUUUCAAGCAAAAUGUACCAUAUUUCUCUAUGACAAAAUCUUAAAUCAAAAUGUUUCAGUCGGACCAGCAUAUCGGGUUUCAAGUAACUCAGUGAGAAAAAAAUGUGCUCAAACCAACAGGUAUCGUGCCUAAAGCAGUUUUGUUAUCAGCCUUGUAAAUAACAUUUUAUGAUUGUACACAUAAUAAUUCUUCCCAAACACAGCUCAGGACUGUAGUUGUGAAUGAUUUUUUAUUACCUAAGCAAUGCCAACUACAUAAGAGGAUGAUGCCUGCAGUAGUAGAUGGUAUGGCAAUAUCUGUGGUAACUGAAAAGACUCACGAACACUAACUGGAAACUUUAUUUAUAUGACAUUUUGCCUGUACAGCUGGCUUUUUCAAGUCAUAGAUUGUACCUGGUGGUAGCACAUAUAGGCAGGAGAGAUCAUUAGUAUUAACAAAUAUUAGAGCACUGCAUUAGGCCUACUUGCCCAUAUUAAACAGGUAUACCUGGAAGGAGGUUUUGGGGGGUCAAUGCCCCCAUGCCCCAGUCUAUGACCAGGCCUCAGGUCCUUAGUCUUCCUGGCACAUUGAGUAACAAUUAAUGCUGGUAGUAGUAGUGGUUAAGUAGCUACCAACUACUACUAAAAGUAAUAUCAUUAUUCAACAUGCUAGAAACUUGGGGCCUUAUAAGUGUGGGACAGUAUGCUACUGCAGUGCUUCUCUAAUAUUUUCUUGUUAACAUCUAAGUUCCUCUCUCUCACCACCAGGAAUUGUUUAUCAGACUUUACAUUCUGCCUAGCAGCAGGCUUUUCAUCUAAAUAGUAUCUAGUUACUGACUGUCUUUAUCAGUUACAAAGAUGAAGCUUGAAUUUAUUUUUCAAAAGCUCAAUACAAUUCAAAAUUUACUCAUUUAAGAGAAAUAAUUAGUAUGAAGCAUCCUCUUUUGUCAUGCUGGGGAUAUUAGCAUAUUGAAGAGUUUUCAUUAUGAAGACAAAUCUCAGUGAUGCAGAAAUGGUACCUGGAGUCACCUUGUAGCCUAUACUGUAUAGUGAGGUGGGCUAAAUUCACAUAGGAAUAAUGUACAAAAUCAUCUUCAGUUAUUUAAUAUGCUCAUGAAUUUAAAAAACAACUAUAAAGUUAUUGAUGUUUUUAGGACUGGUAAUUAUUCUAUAAGCUAAGAAUGCAAAGCAACUAUUUUGUGUAUUUGAUCUCAUGUGAAUUUAACUCACACAGCAGGGUAUUCUGAUAACUUAUACGACUUAACGCUCACACUCAUGCGGGAUGUAACAUCGAAGAUUCAACUAUAAUCCUGUACUGAAGUAGUCAUAAUCUAUAACCCAUUUUAUAAGAAGUCAUGAUUCCCCCUUCCAUUAUUUAUAGUUGUAUAAAGUAAAAUUAGUGAAUGACAAGUGCCAUGUAGGCACAGUAUGUCAAUCUUAUGAGAAAAAGUUGCUCCACUUUACAAUAUGCACAUUUUUUGUGAGUUUAAUUUGGUAUAAAAAAAUAUUUUAGUCUUAUGAUACAAGAUGUUAACCAUAUUUAUAGGACAAAAUAUUGUAAAACGAAAAUAGCAAAAUCUUAUUUUAAUUACAUACAUACUUAAAUUUGCAAAAGAUGUGCAUAAUCUAAGUAACUGGAAGUACAACAAGGAUUUUUAUAAUUUCCAUCUUUACUUGGGUGACCCCUAAAUUCAACCGGGCCAUUCCUAGAGUUAUUCUCGAGAAAUCCUUUGGUUCUAUAAAUAUUAUUCCUCUGUUAUAAAAAGCUUUAUCUGGUAUAAUGAAAAGGUAACCUUUUUUUAUCUACUUGUUUAUGCAAAAUCUGAAAUACACACAAUAACUAGUAUUUUUGUGAGUAAAUUUCCAGGGAAUGCAGGUAUGUCACAGCAUAUCACAAAUACUAUACUACCUGUAUUAACCUAACCAUACUAGAUAAAGCUUGAAAGUACAUUUCCUUGUAACCUAUUUCUGUGUUAACAAGUUUACACCAACCAUUCCCUUAAUGCCUUGGAUUACCUCUUACUAUUAUGUACUUUUUCAUACCAAUAAAAAAUUAUAUAAAAUCUUUUUCAUUCCUAUUUAUUAAACAAAGGAAGAACUAAGAGGCUCUGUAGUAAUAUCAUCUUUUUUUUUUUUUUUUUUUUUUUUU